CAAUUCACUCUCUCUCUAUUACACCGACAUAUCAGUCUCUCUCUCUCUCUCAGUCUCUCUCAGUUUCACUCUCUCUCUCUCUCUCUCUCUCUCUCUCUACAAUGGCCAUGACUACCUUAACCAAGAUGUUCAACAGCCAUAUCUCACAGAAACAGAGCACCCAGGAUCACAAGUACCCAUGGUGGUUUUCACCAGAAACAGGAAUUUACUGCAGUAAACACCCAGAAAUUACCCUCCCCACAGACCCUUUUCUGGAUGUUGUCACCUUCAUCUUCUCACACCAGCACACUGGGGUUUCACCUGCCCUCAUUGAUUCCUCAUCUGGGUCCUCACUUUCUUACCCCCAGCUCUACUCUUGUGUCAAAUCAUUUGCCUCCGGCCUCCGGCAAAUGGGGAUUUCACAAGGUGACGUUGUUCUGCUCCUUUUGCCGAAUUCCAUUUACUAUCCCAUUGUUUUCUUGGGAGUUUUGUACGCUGGUGCAAUCGUCACGACGAUGAAUCCUCUUAGCAGUGUGGGGGAAAUCAAGAAACAGGUUGGUGAUUCAAAAGCGCGUCGUGCUUUUACUGGACUUGAAUAUGUUGGUAAACUACAGGCAUUGGGUGUUCCUGCAGUUUUGGUUCCAGACAAUGCAGCUUUGGAUUCGAAGGAGGAGGCUUUUUCGGUUUUUUAUAAGCUUGUUAAUGGUAAUGUUGGUUUGGCUCCAAGACCAGUGAUUAGGCAGCAAGACACCGCGGCGAUAAUGUACUCUUCCGGGACUACUGGUGCGAGCAAAGGUGUUGUGAUCACACACAGGAAUUUCAUAGCUGCAGUGGAGCUUUUCGUGAGGUUUGAGGCUUCACAAUACGAGGGUUCGAGUUUGAGCAAUGUGUACUUGAAUGUUCUGCCGUUGUUUCAUAUUUACGGGUUGGUGCUUUUCGGGAUGGGGUUGCUUUCUUUAGGAUCAAGAAUUGUUGUGAUGAAGAAAUUUGAUGUCAAUGAGGUGGUGAAAGCAAUUGAGAAGUACAAAGUUACACACUUUCCGGUUGUUCCGCCGAUUUUAACGGCAUUGACAGCUAAAGCUAAGGAUGGUUUGGUCAAACAAAGCCUCAAGAGUGUGAAGCAGGUUUCAUCCGGAGCAGCCCUUUUGAGCGCGAAAUCGAUAGAGGACUUUGUUCGCACUCUUCCUCAUGUCGAUUUGAUUCAGGGUUAUGGAAUGACUGAGACCACGGCAGUAGGAACUCGCGGUUUCAACACCGAAAGCCUUAAAAAACCCUUUUCACUGGGGCUUUUAGCUCCAAACAUGCAGGCCAAAGUGGUGGAUUGGAAAACAGGAUCCCCUCUGCCUCCCACAAGCAGCGGUGAGCUGUGGCUGCGCGGGCCAGGGAUCGUGAAUGGAUACUUGAACAAUGCCGAGGCAACAAUGUCGACAAUUGAUGAAGAGGGUUGGCUGCACACAGGGGACAUUGUGUACUUUGACGAACACGGAUACCUAAACCUACAAGACCGGCUUAAAGACGUGAUCAAAUACAAGGGGUUUCAGAUUGCACCGGCGGAUUUAGAAGCCGUGCUGAUCAACCAUCCUGAGAUACUAGAUGUUGCAGUGGCAGGUGUGCUGGAUGAGGAAAGUGGAGAGAUACCAGUGGCAUUUGUGGUGAGGAAGCACGGAAGUCGAGUUUCGGGGGAGAACGUGAUGGAUUUUGUGGCUGCACAAGUUGCUCCAUACAAGAAGGUAAGGAAGGUGGUUUUUACAGAUUCAAUUCCAAAGUCUGCAGCUGGGAAGAUCCUGAGAAGGGAGCUUAGGAAGGUCCUGACCUCUAAACUGUAAGACUAGCUAGUUCAUUUGUUUCCUUUCCCCCGGUGCUCCGUACGAAACACCACCUUCUUCUUCGUUUCCCAUUUUCCAUGCUUUUCUGCAACCCCCGAUUCAAUUGGGCCUGUUGGGAAUAAAUUCUUCGAAAUGGUCCAAUCAAAUUAAGCCCUAUUUUCCCCCAAAUCUGAUAAAUCAUAAGUUUGUUGUACUUGUGGUUCGUUUGGGAAUAAAUUGUUCGAAAUGUUCCAAUCAAAUAAAGCCCUAUUGAGUUUAUA